AUUGGUCGGACGAUUGAUAAGUUGGACUGAUGCUAGGUUGGACAGUUGAUAGGUCGGACGGUUGAUUGGUCGGACGGGACGGUUGAUAAGUUGGAUGGUUGAUAAGUUGGACGGUUGAUUGGUCGGAGGGUUGAUUGGUAGGACGGUUGAUUGGUCGGACGGUUGCUAAGUUGGAUAGUUGAUAGUCUGGACGGUUGA